AUGGGCACCGUAAAGCUCGCCAGUAUGAUCAUGCCAGCUGUCCUGCUGAUGGUGUUUGUCGCGGCAAAGUUUUACCAGGAAAACGACGGGGCGUUUGAAACGGUGGUGAGCCGGAUAGUCCCUUGGCCAACAACUGCGAUAAAGGGCCAAAUUGGGAAGCUAGAGUAUAGUGCAAGCGCCUCUGCUUUGACACCUCUCCAAGCUGAAGACAGUACCGACCUCAGCGAGACGGCUUCUAUGUCAACAGACAAUAAAGAGGAGAGUGUUGAAAGAGAUGGCACCCUGGCGGUUCCAUCGCUCCUUCCACGGAAUAGGCUGAAGCUGGUUGACAUUGCGUCAGCCCUUUUCAAGUCAGCAGAGAGCCUUACUCUUCAAGAGCCCACUCCUGAUUCUGUUAACAGCUCAGCUGAGGACGUCAAAAUUGCAACCACUGAGCUUCCAAACAUCUUCAAGGUUCCAGAGCUCUUUCUCACAACCACCACCGAUGCAGCAGUAGCUGCCCCACUGGACGAGAUUAGUCCGGCCAAUUUCGUUGAGGUCAAAAUGAGGGUUAAUGAUACUGACCUGAUUUUUGAGCCCAAGGGUAACUGGGAGCGGAACAGUAACGGGCAGGGUUUCUCGUUCAUGGGCAGUCCGCAUGGGGAGGAGGACGCUCCGGAAAUUUUGAAUUUUAACACGAGCCUCGCGCACCAGAUGCUGAACGGGAAGUGGGUCUACUUUUGGGGCGACUCGACGAUGCGCCAGAUCUUCACCGCCUUUCUGAACGGCAUCCAGGGCUCGAGCAUCUCCUUCCAGGAAGCCAAGUCGACCUUCCGGUCGUCUGGUGCGCAACCCAAUCGCAAGCCUUACAAGCCGCUCCCGUUCGACGACACCCCGUGCUCGGUUAACGAACACGCCGAGCACGAGGACUUGGUAACCCAGGGGUCAGGCGCCUCGGUUAGCCUAACCUACGGCUGGAAGCACUUCAUCCACGAGGAGUAUGACGUCACGUUCCUCCACGAAGUGCUCCCCAGCCUGCGCCCCGGCGCGCUGCCUGACGUCAUCGUCCUGUCGACGGGCGUCCACAACUGCUGGCACUUCGGUGACAGCCGCGAGUGGGAGAACAUGCGGGAGCUCGACGCGUUUCUGGCGGAGCUCGAUCGCACCGAAUUUCCGCUUCCGAAGAUUGUCUGGUUAGACAACGUGUUGUUCAUAAACGGGCCGCCCAACAGCGGCUGGCCCGACGUCUGCCGACGGUUCAACGAGUACCUCCGGAAGCGGGUUAAGGAGCGGGUUUUGGGCGGUAACCGGAGGGAAGCUUUCGUCAGCAGGGAACACAUGACGUGGGAUACGCCCGCAGAGCUAUGGGGGGACGUGUGGAGGCUGCAUCUGGCGGGAGAUGUAUACGUGGCGGUCGGGGGGCUGGUGCUACAGGCGAUGAAGGCGCUGGGCGUCUGA